AUGCAACAGCUGGGCAAAGGUGGGUACGACUUGGCCGCACCUGCACUAAGCUACGCCGCACCUGCACUAAGCUACGCUGCACCUGCAAUCAGCUACGCUGCACCUGCCGCUAAGAUCGUCUCCGUCAACAAAGUGGUGAAUACCCACAAAGUCGUCAACGUCCCUAAAGUGGUGAGCGUGCCCAAGCUGGUGUCGGUGCCGCAGGUGGUGACAGUGAACAAGGUGGUGGCCGCUCCCAGCCUCAGCGCCUACAGCGGAGGACUCGCCGGCUACGGGUACGGAUCCGGGCUGGGUUACGACGCCGGAUACGGUCACGGAGCGGGUUACGGAUACGGUGCCGCUUAUGGUUACGGAUCCGGUUACUCUGCCGGCUGGUGGUGA